AUGGCAAAGAUGAAGGCACAAGUAGGAGAAGAAAAAGAAGUGAUAUCAACAAGGUUCGAUCCGAAAAAGACUACAAAGGUCUUGGAACCGGAGAAACAUGAAGAAAGCAACAACGAGAAGGCGAAAAGCGAGCAUAGCAAAGGUAAGGCCACGCUUUUAAAGAUGAAGGAGCUCAUCAAAUGGGCUGCAGCAGCCAAAUCCGACAAAGCUGUCAAAUUCUUUACACCUAAGAAAAUGGAGAUAAGAAACCAAAGAAAGUUGAAGAUAACGAGAGAUGUGAAUGAAGAAUCGAAAAGGAUGAGUACUAGUGAAUCUGCAAAGAUAAGUUUGAGAUGGGAGAGUUGUGAUGAGAGUUGCACAACUCUAUCUUCCUCAGAUCAUAUCUCUAUAGAUUCUUCACCAGCAAUCUUUGUUUCCUUGGGUCCUACGCCACUCUAUCGAUGUCGAUCCAGGAAAUAUAACUGGAUCACUACUGAUUCCGAAUUUGUGGUAUUAGAGUUGUGA